AUGAAAUAUACUAAAUUUAAUUUUAUGAUGUCAGUUCUUGGCAUUAUAAUCUAUAUAACUGAUUUAAUUGUGGACAUCUGGGUAUCCGUUAGGUUUUUCCAUGAAGAACAAUAUGUUUUUGGUGUUUUAACAGUAAGCUUUAUGCUCUUUGGAACCCUUGUGGUCCAGUGUUUUAGUUAUUCUUGGUUCAAGACCGAUUUGAAGAAAGCAGGCCAAGAGAGCCAGCAUUAUUUUCUUCUACUUCACUUCUUGCAAGGAGGAAUUUUUACAAGGUAUUGGUUUGCCUUGAAAAAGGGUUAUCAUGUGGCUUUCAAAUAUAGCAACAAAACUGAUAACUUCAUAGAAGAACAAAUUGAUCCACAUAAAGAAGCUAUAGAUAGAAUGACUGAUUUGAGUAUGCUCAGGCUAUUUGAAACCUACAUGGAAGGCUGUCCGCAACUUGUUCUUCAGCUCUAUAUCUUUCUGGAACAUGGUCAAGCAAAUUUCAGUCAGUAUGCAGCCAUCAUGGUCUCUUGCUGUGCUAUUUCUUGGGCGACUGUUGAUUUUCAAGUAGCUUUAAGAAAAUCCUUGCCUGAUAAAAAUCUCCUUAAUGGUCUCUGUCCCAAACUCACAUAUCUCUUUUAUAAGUUGUUUACAUUAUUAUCUUGGAUGCUGAGUAUUGUACUUCUUUUUUUCUUAAAUGUUAACAUUGCUUUAUGUUUGUUGUUAUUUCUUUGGUUUUUAGGUAUAUUGUGGGCAUUUAAAAACCAAACUCAGUUUUGUGUUUCUAUGAGUAUGGAGUUCUUAUACAGGAUUGUUGUUGGAUUUAUCCUUCUUUUUACUUUUUUUAAUAUUAAGGGACAGAAUACCAAAUGUCCAAUGUCUUGUUAUUAUAUUGUAAGGGUACUGGUGACAUUGGGGAUAUUGAUUGUGUUGUGGCUGUGCCCACUUUCCAUUUUUAAUUCAGACUAUUUUAUAUCUAUCAGUGUUGUUAUAGCUCUUACUUUUCUCCUUGGAAUUAUUUUUCUAAUUGUUUACUAUGGUACUUUGCACCCAAAGAGAAGUAAAGAAAUGAAACCUGAUGAAAUUGAUGGAAAACCAGUGCAAAUAGAUUGUAGAAUGAAGUAUUUCCUAAUGGAAUAA